AUUUUCAGUUCGUCGAAGGAAAUCUGAUGCUAGCCAGAGUCCAUCUAAAGUGAGAGACACGACUCUUUGGCUCGAUCCCCCUCUUCGAACGCCUCGUCAUCUCUGUUUUCCGCAGCCAGCACGGUGUCGCCCUCUUAUUCCCCCGACCCGCCAUGACACCGAAACCGUAUGUUCAAGGUGAACUGCGGCCGAAGCACUCGCCUCCGAUUUCCUCUGAACACACCGCUUGUACCGGCCUCUGCCACUUGGGAGAGCGACACAGCGCAUUGGUUUCCUCCGAGAAUGCUGAUGAGCAGUUGCCUCGACGCUAUCGGACUGCAUACCGGAUCUUUAACAGAGUAGAGCUGGGCAGUGUCAAGGGUUGUCAGGGAUGUGUCUGUCUUCCCGCUGCUUUGGUACCUGAGCGAUCGUGGGUCAGACAGACAGUCGAACGAGGAGCUUUUUCAGCUGGUGCUGUGAGCGCCGGUUUCUUUAUUGCUUUAACGACGACGGGGAAAAGAUGGCAUCUCGAUUGGGUAAGAUGCAUUUUUGGUGCGGCGGGAUCUUCUCCUUUGAGCCCUUUUUCAAGUGCCAACUCCGAACGGCAGGCUAACUUAUGGCAUCAUGAAUUAUAUAAGCUGCAUGACGUGUCUUGAUGACAGCCAGUCUUCAGAGAGCUCGUAACUCAGGGUCCCACCUUGCAACUGGACUUAUGAAAAUCUUACAGACGAUACGCUGAAUUAUUGAC